GAGUCCCGGCUGCGCGCAGCCUCUCUGCCAGGCGGCAGGUGCGCCCUCCAGGUGAGCGCACGCCCGGGCUCCCGCCGUGUUUGGUUCGCUGAGAGAAGAUUGGCUGAUCUUAGGAGGCUCCCGGCAGUGCUCAUCCUGAAGAUCAAGUGAGCACCGACCCCAGCCAUGUCAUCCAGGCCUUUUGAAAGUCCACCUCCUUAUAGACCUGAUGAAUUCAAACCUAAUCACUACGCACCAAGCAAUGACAUAUAUAGUGGAGAGAUGCACGUUCGACCAAUGCUGUCCCAGCCAGCAUAUUCUUUCUACCCGGAAGAUGAAAUUCUCCACUUCUACAAAUGGACCUCUCCUCCCGGAGUAAUUCGGAUCCUGUCUAUGCUUGUUAUCGUGAUGUGCAUUGCCAUUUUUGCCUGUGUUGCCUCCACUCUUGCCUGGGACAGAGGCUAUGGAACCUUAAUGGGAGGCGGCGUUAACUACCCUUAUGGAGGAAGUGCCUUUGGUAGCUACGGAAGUGGCUAUGGCUAUGGGUAUGGCUACGGUUAUGGCUAUGGAACAGGCUAUACGGAUCCAAGAGCGGCAAAGGGAUUCCUGCUGGCCAUGGCUGCCUUUUGUUUCAUUGCUGCAUUGGUAAUAUUUGUUACCAGCGUUGUAAGGUCAGGCAUAUCUAGAACAAGAAGGUAUUAUUUGACUGUGAUAAUAGUGAACGCCGUCCUGGGCAUUAUGAUGUUUAUUGCCACAAUUGUCUAUAUAAUGGGAGUCAACCCAACAGCCCAGGCCUCUGGGUCUCUCUACAGUUCACAGAUAUAUACCCUAUGCAACCAGUUUUAUACACCUGCAGCUACUGGACUCUACGUGGAUCAAUAUUUAUAUCACUACUGUGUGGUGGAUCCCCAGGAGGCCAUUGCCAUUGUUCUGGGGUUCAUGGUUAUUGUGGCUUUUGCUCUAAUGAUUUUCUUUGCUGUGAAAACUCGAAGAAAGAUGAACCGGUAUGACAAGUCAAAUAUUCUAUGGGACAAGGAACGUAUUUAUGAUGAGCAGCCUCCCAAUGUGGAAGAGUGGGUUAAAAACGUUUCUGCAGGUGCACAAGACAUGCCUCCUCCCCUCUCAGACUAUGUGGAGAGAGUGGACAGCCCGGUGGCCUACUCCUCCAACGGUAAAGUGAACGAGAAGCGACCGUAUCCAGAGUCUUCCUAUAAAUCAACCCCGGUCCCGGAAGUGGCUCAGGAGCUGCCGUUGACUUCACCUGUGGAGGACUUCCGGCAGCCUUACUACAGCAGCAGUGGUAACUUGGAGACGCUUUCAAAAAGGACUCCCGCGAAGGGCAGAGCAGGGAAGUCAAGGCGGGCAGAGCAAGACCACUAUGAAACAGACUACACGACGGGAGGCGAGUCCUGCGAUGAGCUGGAGGACGACUGGAUCAGGGAAUAUCCACCUAUCACUUCAGAUCAACAAAGACAACUCUACAAGAGAAGUUUUGACACUGGCCUGCAGGAAUACAAGAGCCUACAAGCAGAACUUGAUGAGGUCAAUAAAGAACUCUCUCGUCUGGAUAAAGAACUGGAUGACUAUAGAGAAGAAAGUGAAGAAUACAUGGCUGCUGCCGACGAGUACAAUAGACUGAAACAAGUUAAGGGAUCAGCAGAUUACAAAAGUAAGAGGAAUUACUGUAAACAGUUGAAGAGCAAAUUGUCACACAUUAAGAAGAUGGUUGGAGAUUACGACCGACGGAAAACAUAGACGGCAGACGCCAUGUUGUUGGAGAGGUUAAGAAGUAUCUGACUGACAUCUCUGCAAUGUUGUCAGGAGUCAAAAUGACUUUGGGCUCUAACCCGGGAGGCCAAAUCUCUGUGAUCAUUACAGAGUUUUGGUAGCUUUAAUAUCAUCAGUAUUGAAGCAGUUUAUAAAUAGCUUUUGAUAAUCAA